AUGGAGGCCGCCACCGUGCCGCCGGCGCGGGCAGUCGCUUUCGUCCUCUCGCACGACGGCAAGCGAUGGCGCGGAGGGAGGCGCAGUGGGGGGAGUCUCCCGCCCUUCUGUGUCUUCUCCUCCCUGUUCCGUCGUCGCUCACCUGACCCUCCUUCCAAGCCCAGUCGGAGCCUGAGGCCUUCCCCGGCAGAUCGGAAGUUGGAAUUCUCCCUCGACAUGGAGGAGAUUGCCGAGCGCGCCUCGGCGGACCUACGGAGAUUCCGGCGAUCGACUGAGGGGAGGGUCCGCCGGUUCGUCUCCUCCGGCAAGGAGGCGUACCACGACCUUCGGACAUCAAUCAGGGUGGAAGACGGCCGGCGAGUCGUGUUCUCGUGCAACAGAUCGUCUCUGGUCUUCGUGGCGGAUCUCGUCCUUUGGAGCAUCGUGGCGGUCAUCUCUGUCAGGGUAAUGGCCUGGCUGUCGGUGUGGUUGAGGAGGAACUGGGGUUUCGGGGACUGGCGGGUCAUCCGAAGAGACCGAAGUCUCGGUGGGAGGGAGGUCGUCGUGGGGAAGCGAUCGAGGGGGAAGGAAACGAACUGGAGGAGUUCGAGGCCGUUGCAGAAUCCUUUGUCCCCUCCCCGCGGCGGGAGUGAGAUGGGAAUUGCGAGGCCUGCUUCGGUGCGUAGCGUCCCUAAGGAGGAGAACCUGCCAGAAUGGUGGCCUAGUUCGACGCCUGCAUCAAAUACCGUCGCACUGGGAAAGGAGGAGCUCCAGAGGGAAGCCAACAGACUAGCCCGAGGUCAGGCCUUUUACACCUUAUCCGUCCCCUUAAAUGUGUCCAACACGUAUUCCCCUAACCCUCUUUUCACACACUUGGGGGAAUGAUGCCGGCUACGUUGCGACUGGGUGAAGUUUAAUAUUUAAAAGAGUGAUAUAUCUUGCAUGAAGGUUUGCUUCUUUAUGGGCAUUUAUUUUGUCCUCUCUAAAAAAUAAAAAAAUAAAAAAAAUGAUCUUUCCUUUCACAUAUCAUAAUUUUAUUAGUUCAUUUAUCCGGGGCUAGUUUAGAAUUCGUUUUAGUGGACACAAUACCGGAACGUCGUAUUUUCUCCUGAUAACAAUUCACAACGAAUAUUAAAUCUUGCAACUGUUAAAACUGUUGAGGGAUUGUCUUAUCAAUAAAUAGCUUGGAUCUUUAAGGGCAUCCGUGCAUUUUAUUUUAUUAUAGAGAUGAACCAUUCCAAAUCUGCCCUAAGUCACAUCUGAACGGUGUUUAGAAAUUUUUUAGAAAAAGGAUGUUCAGCAUCCCUAUGUUUACGUGUAUAGCGAUUUGUUCUCUCAUCAACUCUUGAGAUGAUACAUGGUUGCCUCAAAGAGACGUUUAUCUUGGCUUGGCAUCCUAGAAUCAGUUAGUAGCCUCUUCCUUUAUUCCAUCUCCUGAAAGAUAAUUUCCUUCAAUAAAUAAUUGGCCUCCACAUGUGUAUGCGUGUGGCUUGCAUGACAAUGUAUUUUUCUGUAUGCACAGGGUUUUUCUAAUCCAUUCACAAAAACUCUUCCAAGUAGGGCCAGUACUAAGAAGUUAACAAACUAUCUGUCCCUUGUGGAGCUUUCAUUGGCUCCCGUUGGGUAAUAUUUAUAUUUUCCUGGGAUUUUCUCCACGUUAUACAUGCUUUUUUUAUCUCAAAGUCUCAUGUUUUCCUCAUAAUUCAUUCGAUGUUCAAACUAUCUUUUAAGUUUCACUUAUGGCAUUCAUAUCUCUCCCCAAUCUAUCAAGCUUCUAUUUUCGUUAUUGGCUCUCUUGAAGAUUUUCUAACAUUUUCUUCUUCCAUCAUAUCAUCUUGUAAUGGCAGUCUAUGAUCUUAAUCGUCUAUUUGAUAAAUGUUAAUUUAACGAUUAUCUGUUAUCCCAGGUGCUUAAUUUUUAUUUGCAAUUUAUCGUGUUGAGUGAAUGAGAGAUCACAUUAGAAGAAACAAAAUGGCACUGUUGAACCACGGUUGACUUUUGGGUAUGAACCUAGUUCUUGUUAUAACAAAUACUAAUCUCUCACAGAUUGUUGAUUUGACUGGUACUAAAUACACCCUCCCCUGUCUUUCACCGUUUGCAAAUAUGAUUAGAUCCAUCCUGUAUGAUUCCUCUCAUUGCUGAGAAUUUAGAUGCUGUAGAUUCCAGAGUUAUAACUUUAACAAAAUAAUUUAUCCAGCUGAUGAAUUUAGUUUCAUGUGCAUUGUCACUAGAUUUGAGCAGUAGACUGGAUAUUGUCUCCAAAUUAUUCUUAGGCACAUAUUUUUGUCUUCUUAUUUUAUUAUUAUCAUGAUUCAUUUUCUUUGGCAUAAUAUUCGAAUCUAUACAUAGGUGAGGUGAUCUUUUUCUUCUCCUAGCAGGUAAUUUCUCUAUUCCCCACUUUUUGAAGAUUGGCUUUAAAUUCUUUCUCCCUCAAAUGGCUACAUAUCGACUUUCCAGCCAUCAUGGAUAAUAGAAUGAGCGGAAAGGAUUAUAAAGAAGAUGAUAUGAUACAAGUCAGUUUUCCUGCAACUGUAUAGUUUUAUCUUAUCCUCAGUGUUUUAUCUCAACCCAAUAAGGGCCUUGAAUAUCUCCAUCCAAGUUUGUUGAAUAUCUAAUCGUCUAAGGUCAUCCUUCUGCUCAUUUUUUUAUCUUUACAUUUAUUGACUAAAUUCCCAUAUUAACUAGAAUCACCUGAUAUACAUCAGGGUGCAAUGUCAUUUAUUUUUUAAACAUUGUCAGCCUUUAUUUCGGUUGGUUAUAGCGAAAAGUAUUGGUCACGCAUAGAGCCAUACCCAAAUGCAAUCCUCUUAUGGGACUACCCUUGCAAACUUUCUCCAUCUUGGACAAUUUAUUUUCAAUAUAUUGCCAUCCUUGAGUGUUGCAAAUCAAUUUCUUAUACCUUUCCAAAAAUAUUUCUGCGUAAUUUUUGCCCGUGUUUAUCAAUGUCUUCUUCUAUAAAUUUUUGUUGUGAUUUUGAUAUAAUCAGACGUAAGCACCAUAUAGUUGCUCCUUUUUUAUUUAAAAUUAAUUUGAAUUUUAUUUAUGAUAAGAAAUGAGUAAACAUGCAAGUGCCAUUGUGCCAUGAAUAGAACACAUUUUCAUUUUGAUGUAGGCUAAAAAACAAGAUUGUUUAUCAUUCCCUGUUUGCUUCCAAUUUAAAAAAGAGAAAUAUCAGUUCUGUCUAUGAUAAAAGCAUGACGGGGUUGGUUUACCAUUGUUGUAGUGUCAUCAUCUUCCUUAGACAUUUUCUGCUUAAAACUUUGCUAUUUCUUCAGGAAUUAAAUGCUCUUGUAUUGCUUAUUACAAACGGUAUGACCUAGGACGGUGAAUCCAAUUAACUUUGAUAAUGCUUGGAUUAUUUUCUAGUCCAGUUAGUGGUGGUUUUCAAUAGAUCUAUGGAAUAAUUUGAUUUUUCAUUGUUAUUUUAUAUUAUAUUCAAAAAUUCUGUGUAGCUUCUUCAGUAAACAAUAUGGCGGGUCUUACUUGGUCCAAUUGCUGCAGUUACGUCAGAUAUGUAGGCUAUCUGGUCUAAAGGUCUCCUUUGACACGGUUAAUGCUCGUGAUUCAUUCUAUAGAGCAUCAGUUGAAUUCAUUUUGAAGAUUUGUUGUAGGUACUAUUCUUUCUCCCAGAAGAGUUCCUACUUUCUUCUAAAAGAAGUUUCUCUUUGAUCCGCUUUUAUUUUAGGUCCUUCCAUCAUUUUUCUCAUGUGCUCUCUUUUUUUACAAGUAUUUUUGUUUUUAAUGAUGCUAUAGAGCUGCAGGCCCUACAUCUAAGGUUCAGAUUGAUGGCGAAGAUGUCCGACAUUUCAUUGCUGGGCUUGCUGGCAACAUUGGCCUUGGAAAUGUCCAUGCAAUACGAAUUUUGCGUGGAGCAGUUGCAGCAACAACACGCUCACAUUUCCUGCAAGCUUGGGUUAGAUUAUACUCUAUAUAUGUUUGGUUCAAUUCCUGAGGGUACGUAUGAUUUUAACUUGUUGAAUGUGAUGUCUACUUUCGCUGAAGGCUUUGGAAGUUCAGGGGCAAAGGCCAGAAGCAUUGGAUGAGCUAGCAAAGAUCUGUCGCAUUUUUCGGAUAUUUCCUCUUGAAACCCAUUCCGUACGUACAUCUUUUCUCCUAGAACUACUUAGGCUUGAUUCCUUGGUAGCAAUGUAUUUGUUAUAUUUUGAGGCAUUUGAUAUUCUUUCGUGUCAUCUUUUAUGAUUACCAUCUAUUACAAGGGACAUAAACAUCUGAUGGUGUUGUGUUCUUAAAUUUUUAGCUUGAUUUCCUCAAAUCAUCACUGAUAUGGUAGAUAACGUCGUUGAAACUGGUUUUGGUGAUUUUGAUUUGUAGGAAAAAAAAAAUCACAUUCUAUGUGGGGAAACCUAGAGAAGAUAAAGGGCUGUUAAACAUUUAAUGUUGUAGGAAAAUCGAAGUAUCUGGCUAGCUUUGAUCCGGAUCUGGAAAGCAAUAUCGUGUUGCUGGGUCAUAAUUAAUCCUAGAUCGUCAAACCGUAAUAAAUGGUGGAAACUACAGCUGAAACAAAAAAACUAAAAAAAGGGGGACAUAAGCAAGCAUCAACACGAUAGAAAAACAGUUGUGCGCUUCCCUCCUUGUUUGACAGGGUGAUUAAUAAGAAAGUCAAAAACAGAAUAUUCUCACUAUAGUAUUGAUGUUGAAUGAGUUUCUCUUGAAUCUAUUUGGGAUCCAUGUGAGACUCUUUGGAAGAAAAGUGGUAAAUCAUGCCAUAUGCUUGGUUGCUCUCCCACUUCUCUAACGUUUAUAAAAAAUACCUCUUUCAUGUGUCACUACCGCUUACCAUUGAUCUCCAUCAUCUCUUUCAGCCUACCAUUUCAUGUUUCUCACAGUUUAUUCCUUCUCUCUGUCACCAAUUCUUAGCAGCACAUCCUCCACCCGCCCCCCACCAAUUCAUGAAUAUUCUCUAUAAACUGUCCAUAUUCUGAUUCCCGGAUUUUAUUUCCGAAUCCCCAGAAUGAUGUAUUGAUAAUUUACACAGCACCAUCAGUGAGAAAAAGCAAUGUAGUGGUUCUAAAUUCGAGCAAAUAUUUGGUCGCAGCUAGAAACCUCCGGUUCUGGGAGUUUGAUUAUUCUGGGUAAGAUUUUUGUAGACCACUCUACCUCUGAUUACAAUGCAAUGCCAAUUGGAUGGACGGACUACCCACCAGCAUGACUUUUGACAGUCUAGUCCCUCACAUGUAUUUUCCUUUCCAAAUUAGGAAAUAAAAUCAUCUGCAGAUAAAAUCAAGAUCGAAUGUGCUAUACAAAGCUAAUGAAGAAAGAUGAACAAUAUCUAGUAUAUGAGGCUCCUCUUGAUUCUUAACAUUGGGAGAGGAUGGAGUGGCAAAACUCUCACAUUUAGGGUUAACUCCAAGAAGACCAAAAGGCAGUACAAGAUAGCAGUUUUCUCUUCUAGGGACUAAUGACGCUCAAAACGAAAUUAGGAUCAGAGAGAGAGAGAGAGAGAGAGAGAGAGAGAGAGAGAGAGAGAGAGGCUGCCCCCAGUCACAAAUUCUCUUUUAUUAGUCUACUGGAAAAGACCUGACCAUCCAUCUAUUACCUCUGCUGCGAUUCAGUCUCAUCAAGCUAAUGUUAAUCAUGUCCUUCACAUAUUUCCGUAUUAACUUUCAUUUCCCUUCUCAAUUGCAGCUCUGAGAUUGUUAUUUCCAUAUUACCUUUGCUCUGAGAUUGUUUUAUAAUUGAUGGAAUUUAUUAGAAAUAUUCCGAUGCAUUUUUUUUCCCUGGUAAGGAAACUUGAGAUCAACCUGUGAGACAUUCCAUGGUUGCAGGCAGAGAUGGAGAUGAUGGCAGGGGGCCUGGAGAAGGUCCUGAAAGUGGAACAAAGGGUGCAUCUGUUGAAUCUGUUUGGACAAGCUUCUGGAUCCGAGAACCAGAGAAUUGCUGCCGCUGCCCUUGGUCUGGUAAGCAUCAUUAUUUUUGAUGUAUCAUCUAAGAUAUGCUAUUAUAAUCCAUUUCUUGAGAGCUUGGUUCCAUAA